AUCAAGGCGAUAGAGCACCAGACUCACCCUGUUUGGUUUUCGAGCCAAAGAUAAAGAAUAUUUCCACAGAUAAUCCACACGCCUCUGCAGACAUGGAGGCGGCGAGUUUGGCACACGGGGUCGCGAGCCCGCUCAGCCCGCGUGAGGGAAUGAUCAAGAACGUGAGCCUGGAGUCGCUCCAGCUGUGCGAAAGAGACGGUAAAGCUGAAGACACUGGAGUGGUAGGAAUGGAGGAGUUACCUGUUGCUCGCAACAUCAAGAUUAGUAACAUCACCUGUGACUCCUUUAAGAUCUGCUGGGAUAUGGAUCCCCACACCAAAGAGAAGAUCACACAUUACUUCAUUGACCUUAACAAGAAGGAGAACAAGAACUCUAACAAAUUCAAACACAAGGAUGUGCCUACAAAGCUUGUUGCUAAGGCAGUCCUAUUGCCCAUGACAGUGCGAGGCCAUUGGUUCCUGAGUCCACGGACUGAAUACACUGUUGCCGUGCAAACAGCUUCCAAACAGACCGACGGAGACUAUGCCGUAUCAGAAUGGAGUGACAUAGUCGAGUUUUGUACAGCAGAUUAUUCCUCUGUGCAUUUGACGCAGCUGUUGCAGAAGGCUGAAGUCAUUGCUGGCAGGAUGCUCAAGUUCUCUGUCUUUUACCGGAAUCAGCAUGAGGAAUACUUCCAACACUGCAGAGAUGUUCUUGGCAGUCGAAUGAUGCCCUCAGUAAAGGAUAACAGCGGUAGUCACGGUUCACCUCUCAGUGGUAAACUGGAGGGGAUCGUCUUCAGCUGCAACACAGAGUUUAACACAGGUCAGCCCCCGCAGGAUUCCCCGUACGGCCGCGUCCGCUUCCAGGUGCCCGCCGAGGUUCUGUUCCCCCCUGACACGCGCCUCUACUUCGGGGACUUCUACUGCAUGUAUACUGCCUAUCAUUACGUUAUCCUUGUCCUGGCUCCUCGGGGCUCGAGCGGAGACCUUUACUGCAGCGAUCGCCUUCCAGAGCUGGAUGUGACCAACAACCGCUUUCUGACACGUGUGUGCGGGGAGGAUGGGCGGGUGGUGUUUCAGCAUGCGCAGGAUGUGAUUCUGGAGCUGAUUUAUACUGAGCCAGUGCCGCUGGCACAGGGGACUGUCUCUCAGAUCAGCGGCCACCAGUUGAUGAGCUUGUCAACCAUCAACGCCAAGAAAGACCCCAGCUGCAAGACCUGCAACAUCAGCGUUGGCCGCUAACUCACACACAGACCCAACUGUGCAUAGGCUCUAACAAGAAAUCUGAAGCCCUCCUGAACAAAUCAGACCCCUAAAAAUGGUAUGUUACAGAACCAGAUACAGAAGAACCCCAAGAAAAAUGGCCCCCACAAUCCUCCAUAUACAGUAUGUCCAUAUGGCGCUCAAACCCCUUGGGGGCUUCCCAGAACCCCAGCUUAUGCUAGACAAUUCUGUGCUUGAUUAACUGAGGAUUCUAAAAUAAUAGAAAUAAAUCAAAAAUACAUUAUUGUACAACAGAAAAAAAAAAAAAAAAAAAACAGAAAACAGAGUAAGACAAAAAACAGAUUCAAGGCAAAAAAAAAAAAUAGAUGGCAUAUCAAGACUAAAAAUUAAAAAAGAGUAAAAGCUACUUUUCCAAAAACUUGAAUCCCACUGUGAAUCUUUCAUAUAUGUUCUUGGUGCUUUUUCUGCUCGAUAAUUAGACCCCAGCCCUGUUUAUCCUCAAACCAUUUGUGACCUUUUUUU